ACUAGUAAACUUCUAGGGACUUGCGCAAAAUCAACGUUAUCAAUUGGUCCAGUAAGUUCUGGUUCUAGUCGCGACAGCAUUCGCUAGAUUCUCGCGAACGAAUUCGAUGGUUUACCCUCUUGCACUCUGUCUGACCGUAGUGCUACAAGUGUCACAGCCUAAUGUUAAUAGUUCCACUAUCUAUUCCAAUGAAAUGCGCUUCACUUAGUUGCAGCAGUCGCGUUCAGCUGUUGUUUGAUCAGUCGAAAUAAUGCGUGAUACGAGGGUCAAAUAGCGCCGAAUAAAGUGACAUGUGAUGAUAGUCCUUGAGUGACGUAUUCUUUUGCUGAGUGAAUAUUAAAAGGUGAAAUCAUGCUGUCGUUGUCAAUUGUCAAUAGCCAGGGAGUCGGUCUUGGGACCUAGCCGCCAUUAUGAUGAUCACCUUCACUGAUUCAUUAAUUACGCAGGGACUAUUCAUUUCGAUUGAGAAAGUGGAUCCCCUUGGAUUAUGGCCAGCUACACAAGCAUGAGCUCCACACGGUAUUCAGAUGAUACAAUGGACGAUGAAAAUGACGACAAGGAUGACACGAAACGGAAAUCACGAAACCUCAGUGAGAAAAGACGACGGGACCAGUUCAACAUGCUUGUCAAUGAACUUGGAAAUAUGGUUAGUACUAACACGAGAAAAAUGGACAAAUCGACAGUGCUUAAAUCCACGAUACUAUUCCUGAAGAACCACAAUGAAGUCGCAGUACGCUCAAGAGUCCACGAGAUCCAAGAGGAUUGGAAGCCUUCAUUUCUUUCCAAUGAAGAAUUCACGCAUCUUAUUUUAGAGGCCCUGGACGGCUUCAUAAUAAUCUUCUCCUCCAACGGUCGCAUCUACUACGCCUCGGAGAGUGUCACCGCCCUCCUAGGCUACCUCCCCACGGACCUUGCCAACUCCACCAUCUACGAGAUAACCUACCAAGACGACCAGUCGCUCCUUUACAAUAUCCUCCUGAACCCGACCCCCCGCAACAGCCCCCCAAAAUCCGACACCCAAGUGUCCUUCACCUGUCACAUAAGACGCGGAAGCCUCGACUUGAGACAAAAUGUCACCUACGAACGCGUCCACUUCGUCGGCUACUUCCGCUCUGACACCGACAUCGAGACCCUAAUGCCCCCCUCCCGUUACUCUGCCAAUUCUCCGAACGACCCGAAGAUGGUGUUCGUGGGGACCGGUCGUGUUCACACACCCCAGCUGAUCCGCGAGGUAUCUCUGAUCGACUCGAAUAAAUCAGAAUUCGUGUCGAAACACAGCCUAGAGUGGAAGUUCCUGUUCCUGGAUCAACGAGCCUCUCCAAUAAUCGGUUACCUUCCCUUCGAGGUCCUAGGCACCUCGGGCUACGACUACUACCACGUGGACGACCUGGACAAAGUUGUCACCUCCCACAAGUCCCUCAUGAGAAAGGGAGAAGGUACCUCCUGCUUCUACCGUUUCCUCACCAAAGGACAACAGUGGAUCUGGCUCCAGACUCGUUUCUACAUCGACUACAACCAGUGGAACUCCAAACCCGAGUUCAUUGUCUGUACGCACACCGUUGUCAACUCAUCGGAAGUAAUAAAACAGCAGAAGAAGAGCAAAGAUACGUCGCAAAAUAUUGACCCCCCAUUAGUUACAGAGCAUCAACAAACGCCGUGUGAAACCCCUCGUUCCACCUGGUCUCCGAAAUCUCCGAAGACAUCAAGAUCAAUGAGGAGCGUCUACGGCACUGACUCAGACACAUCGAUAUCCGUUGGCUCAGUCAGCUCUCGAGUGUCAACGUCUACGACGCAAUCCUUCAAGCUGAAGACCAAUGCCAAUGCUAACUCCAAAUCAGCAUCAAUGCAGCAAAAUCCGUCUCAUCAGACGACAUCGAGAAGUGUGGAAGGAUGCUUGAGCUAUGGCAAUCGAGUCGGUGAACCUGUUCUGUCUGUUGUUCCUGCAGAAUUCCUAACACCAGCCGCACCAACAGUGAGUUUAAAUGUUCCUGGAAUGCUGGUCAAUCCAUCGAGCAUCGUUAUGACGACUGCGUUGAGUCAGAAUGAGGAUGAAUUGCAGAGGAAGCAUGAGGAGUUGCAGCAGCUGAUUGUCCAUCAGCAGGAGGAGCUGAGGAGAGUUUCCGAGCAGUUGUUCAUUGCUAGGUAUGGCAUCCUCUCACCGCUGAUGAAUGUCGGGGUCAAUUAUGGGGUUAAUUCUCUUGGUGGCCGGGGGCAGGGGGGCGAGGGAGGAAAUUUUGGGGGAGAAGCGGUGCAGGGAGUGAGUGGAGCUGUCACUAUUCCUGUUACUGUACCAGUGUCGAUUGUUCCUGUUGAGAGUUUUGAGAGGAGUACUGCAGUUUUUCCGAUUACCUCUGUCGUAGAGGCUGGGGUUGCUGCACCUGUUCAGGGUCAGGGGGUGUUUAUGCAGCAGAGAAUGCAACAGCUGGGGAGGAAUGAGGCGAUGCAUAUGCAGGGGGUUCAGGAAACCGGACCGAUUAUGCCUUUUCAGAUUUGCCAGCAGCCGGAGAUCAUUUAUCAUAGUGGGGAGAGGAGUAGUAAUGGACAGUUUAGGCUACCGAGGAUUUAGAGAGGUAAUUCAGAGAGCCUGAGAAAGGUUUAUGAUACACUGUUGGAAAAAAAUUGAAAUUUCAUGGACAGUUGACUGCUAAUUUUCAGGACAGUGAGACUGAAUGCGAUUUAGGAGGGAAAAUAAUGAAAUUUCACGUUUUACUGGAAAUUUCUGUAAAAUUCCAGAAUGUUAAGCAGCAUAAGGACGAGAACUCCUUAAUUUAUUUGAAAUUCCAAUCUAAUAUUAAUAUUCAGUGCCAAAUUACAUUGAAUUUU